CCGCUGAUCCCUCCAAACAAAGGUGGGGUAAGAUUAUUAGCUCCCUGAACCCAUCUGUUUGGACUUCCUUCACCCUGUCUUUAACCCCAGCCCGUCCCGGUUCGGUUCCGAACAGACCAUGAGUAAAGACUACCAGCUGAGAGCCGCCAUCAACCAGAAGCUGAUCGAGAUGGGGGAGCGGGAGAGGUUGAAGGAGCUGCUCAGAGCCAAACUGGUGGAGUGUGGCUGGAAGGACCAGCUGAAGGCCCACUGCAAAGAUGUGAUCAGAGAGAAGGGUCUGGACCACGUCACCGUGGAGGACCUGGUGACAGAGGUGACGCCUAAAGGCCGAGCUCUGGUACCAGACAGCGUGAAGAAAGAACUCCUGCAGAGAAUCAGAGCUUUUCUUGUCCAACACGCAGCCAUGUGAAGAAAAAGACUUUCAUCAGUUUAAAGUUUUUAUUUUAUUUUUUAAUACUGUGUCUUUAUUUUGUUUCUGCUGCUGU